AUGCUCCCGCUGUUCGACGCCGCGGGCGACCUCGCGACGGAGACGCUCGUCUUCGCGAACGAGCUCCGGACGAACGAGUCGUUAUCCCUGGAACACGUGCGCGAGAUCAGCGGCGCCCGCCUCGCCGUGUCAAAGUACACCGCGAACCCGACGGUCGCCGCGGACGCGGCCGCGAGGACCGCCGCGGUGGAGAAGUACGUGCCGCUCCUGGAGUCGCUCGUCCGAAAGAAGGACAACGUCGCGCUGGUGAAUCAGUCGAGGAACUUGAGGUACGGGUGGAAUAGCCCGCUGGAGGGCCGCGGCAACGCGUUCUCGCUCGAGGACAUCGAGCACGAGCGAGGGAUGGCGUGGAUGCUGCGAGCGGCGUGCAAGCGCCAGGAAGCCGUCUGCGCGGUCGCGGAACGACCGCGCGCGCCGCCGACGCCGACGCGACACGAGGAGGACGACGAGAGAGUCGUCCCGAUCGGCGGGUCCGUCCUGUCCACGCCCACGGCGACGCCGUCGGUCUCGGUCAACGCGCCGAAGACGACGCCUUUGACCGGCGGCGGGACGCCGAAAUCACCCGGCCCGGUCCUCGGCGAGGCCGCGCCCGUCGUCGCGACGAUCUUACGCGAAGCCGCGGGGGUGUAUAAACACGCGGCGCUCGACGUGUUGCCGCCGUUGAAACAUAGCUUGGGCGGGCUGCGACCGAACGAGCUCCUCGCGUCCAUGGCGGACGCGAUGCGAUGCGUGUGCUUGGCGGAAGCGCAGGCGGCGACGGUGCGGCGCGCGGAGGAGAAGGGUACCGGGCACGCGCUGCUGUGCAAGCUUCACAUCGGCGCGGGGGACUUGUUCAAACGCGCUGACGUCGCUUUGAACGAACACGUGAGCGACUUUAACUUCUUCUCGCGGAAGCUCCAGGCGUACAUCUACCUCGGGCAGGCGAUGCACCGCGCGCGGGCGUACAGAGCGCUCGCGGAGGAGGCGUGGGAGGCGACCGAGGUCGGCGAGGCGAUCGCGCUCAUGAACGAGGCGGAUAAGCAGUUGCAGAGAGGACGCGACGCCGCGAGCGAGACGGAUUGGUGGCGACACGCCGCGCUGGAGGAGUCCGAAGCCGCGGUCGCGCUCAGGGGGAAGUACGUGCGAGAGAACGAGCUCGUGUUCUUCGAGAAGGUGCCCGCGAAGUCGAGCAAGCGGCUGCCGGAGGGGAAGGUGAUCGUCUCCGAGAUCGACCCUCCGAUCUCGGAGAGCAUGCAAAACCUCUUCGUCGAGUGA